CUGGCAACGGCUUGUUGCUGGCAACCGGGCGGUGGUCUCGCGGUGUUCCUUAGGCAGCUGCCUGCGGCGGGAGGCACCUGCCAUGAAUCCGCCGGGGCCCUUGGGGGCCCUGGAGAAGGAGGAGGAACACUCGUCCACCCCGAUUCUCGGGCCGUCCAUACACUCCGACAACCCUCAGGAGCGGAUCCAGGCCCGGCGUCUCCGCAUCGCGGCGCGCCUGGAAGCCCGGAGGCGGGAAGCGCUUGGAGAAUAUUUAGAUGGAAAGAAAGAGAGUGAGGAAGAUCAAAGCAAGAGCUACAAGCAGAAAGAAGAAAGCAGACUGAAACUGGCGAAGCUGCUGCUCUGUGGCACUGAGCUGGUGACAAAUAUCCAGGUGGCCGCGGAUAUCAGGGAGAUCCACAGGAGAGUGGAAGAAGGGGAGAUAAGGCGUCAGAGACUUGAAAAGCUGGAGAACGAAGUCAAGACCAGCCAGGACAAAUUUGAUGAAAUCACCAUGAAGUGGGAGGAGGGCAAACGGAAGAGAAUUCCCCAGGACCUGUGGGACAUGCUCAACACCCAGCAGGUGCACUGCGCCGGGCUGAUAGAAGACAAGAACAAGCUUAUCAGCGAGUUACAGCAGGAGUUAAAAACAAAAGAUGACCAGUAUGUGAAGGAUUUGAAGAAGCAGUCAGAUGACAUCUGCCUGCUCCUGGAGAGGAUGGAAGAGCAAGUGAAGAAUGUGAUGAAAACCUUCCGUCAGGAGCUCAGUUCCAUUGAGAAAGCAUUUGAGGUGGAACGACGAGAACUGCUGACCAGUAAUAAGAAGAAAUGGGAGCGGGCCCUGCAGGCUCACAACGCCAAAGAGCUGGAGUAUCUUCUGAGCCGCAUCAAGAAGGUAGAGGACUAUGAGAAGCAGCUGAACAAGCAGCGGGUGUGGGACUGCGAAGAGUACAACACGAUCAAGAUCAAGUUGGAGCAGGACGUGCAGAUUCUUGAGCAACAGCUUCAGCAGAUGAAAGCAACCUACCAGCUAAACCAAGAGAAGUUGGAGUACAACUUCCAAGUGCUGAAGAAGAGAGACGAAGAGAGUGUGGUGAUCAAAUCCCAGCAGAAGAGAAAGAUCAGUCGCCUGCAUGAUAUACUUAACAACCUGAGAUCAAAAUACACCAAGCAGAUCAGACAGUUUCAGGAGGAGAACCAGUCACUAACCUCCGACUACAUACGCCUUGUGACGCAGUUCAAGGAGCUACAGAAAGCCAUGAGACAUUUUGCUCUUCUUGAUGACAAGCGGUUUCGAGAGAUUUGGCUGAUGAAUGAAGAAGAGGCAAAGGAUCUGAUAAGCAAAGCCUUUGAUGUGGACAGGAUCAUCCACACCCAGCAUCUGGGGCUCCCCUGGACCGCACCUGAUUUCUGGUUCCUGAGGAAUGUGGGACCUAUAUCUCAGCAGCAGCAGAGGUCUGCUACACAGAUAUUAGAAGAAGUGCUGAUUCAAACAGAAGAGGAGGGGACGGAGGAGGCCACCUCAGAAGCAGAGUCUUACCUUGACCUGCCAAAGCAAGUUUCCAUGAAAACGACCAGAAAGAUCCUGAUGCUCCUGUGUGACGAGUCGGGUUUCCUCAUAGAGAGCAAGCUGCUGAGCCUUCUCCGUCCCCUGGAGAAGAGCGAGUGCUAUCUGCUCAAGUUGGACGCCAUCUUCUCAGCCCUUGGGAUUGAAAGUGAGGACGACUUGUACAAACUGGUGAACUUCUUCCUCAAAUACCGAGUUCAUCAUUCACCCUCCAGUCAGGAGCAAACAAGCCUGAUGUCGGCCCUGGACCCAGGAGAGCAGACAGACCUCGAGAGACAGAAGGAGGAAAGCCUUGUGGGAGGGGAGCCAGAAGAGAAGGAGGUCCCCCCUUCUCCCACGCUCAUCCACCCCAACGACGUCCUCAAGAUCCUGGAGGCCUUUGUCAUGGGUCUGAGAAAGCCCAGGGACCCCCCGGCCCCAGUGAAGGUGGUGAAGUAUGUGCGAGACACCUCGAAGGACUCUGCGUAUUGGGAGGCCAUGGCCACGGUUAUCCCUUACGCCACGCAGAACCUCUGGGACGCUCUGUACACGGCCUUGGAGAAAUACCACUUCAUCCUGACGCAGAGGGCCAAGCUGCUGAUAGAAAACAACUCCCUGGAGAAGCAGAACACAGAGCUCCAGAUGCUGCUUCAGCAGUAUCUAGAUUCCAAGAUAAACUCUGAAUUGCAUGUUCCACCAACUCAGGUGUUACGGGCGCCCACCAAAUAGAGCCGGACCUCCAAAGGCUGCUGUUACGGUGUAUGCGGGUGCCAGGGCUGGCACGUUUCACCUGGGGAGCUGCCUGGGACUACUCUGGAUUUUCCAGAGCUACUGGGAUAGGGCCUGUCAAAAUAAGGCCACGGGAGGGGUUACCUGUAUCCUGUAGUCGUGAUUGAUUAAAGUCUUUAAAAGGUU